GGGUGAUGUCUCCCCUGGGGGGGACACCAACGGAGGUGUGAGGAUAACAGGGAAGAAGAAGCUGGACGACGAGCCCACCGAUGGUGCCAUGCAGGAUGGACAGAGCGGCGAGAGUAUAACAUCACCAGUGAAUCCACCGCAGGAUGAACCGCUGAACCAAAGGGGAGAGACCCGAAUAGUGAAGUAUGAGCAUGGGGACGGUGUGGAAACGACAAUAAGCACGCCCCAAGCCGCUUCUCCCACCGCCAAGGAUGCUAACCAUGCUAAUGAUGCUAACCAUGCCAACGGUGCCACCAACUCGCCGAAGCAGGAAGAAGACCCGCCGGGCCCAUCCCCCCUCGCGCAGCCACACCAAAAGAGGAAAAAAAAAAAAGUACAAAAUGAGGAGGUCCGGAAGAAGCUAUCCGAACUAGCCAAGCUCAGAUGGAGGGAUCAAGAAGAACGAAAAAAAUUGUUGAGAUGCAAAAAUCAAUUUAAGCAUUCCGAAAAAACGAAACAGUUGUUAUCAUACAAAAUUAAAUUAAAAUGGACAGACGAAAAUUAUCGAAAAAGUAUUAUCGAAAAAACGAGGAUAUUUAAUCAGGACGAGAAUACCAAAAGGAGGAAAUCAAUUUUACUUAGACAAAAGUGGAAAACAAAAGAAUUUCGCGAGAAAAUGCUCAGUGGUAGGAAGCCCUUCACAUUGGAGAGGCGAAAGAGAAUCUCUGAGAUCAUUAAACAGAAGUGGCGGGAAGACGACUACAAGCAGAAAACGCUACAAGCCAUAAAGGACAACUACAAGAAGCGGAAGUUGCAAGUGGGUCUCAACCCCAACUUUAACUACGUCCAAAACGCCAUGCUCUUCAAGCGGCUCGGACUCAGCGCGCCCAAAAUAAGAUUCUUCCCCAGCAUUCACAGGGAAAAACUCCGUGGUAAAAAAAAAAAAAAAAAAGGAGGGCAACGACCCAGAGAACUACAAGGAAAACUGGAGAAACAUCUACGACAGUCUGUUGGACACAAACGAGUUUCAGCAUUCGCUUGUCUACCUGAACCACGUCGGUAACUUGAGCGUCAGCACAAAUACGUGAUGCGCGGUGUGCAGGGGCAAGCCGAGAAAAGCAGCGAACAGCAGAGAACAGCAGAG